AUGGUUGAUUCUUACAUCUUACUUCAGGUAGAUGGAGACACAAGUACUAAUGAUACUGUUAUUGCUUUGGCCAGUGGGAUGUCUGGGCUAAGCCACAUAUCUUCUCUAGAAAGUUAUGAGGCAAUUCAACUUCAGGCAUGCUUAGACGCAGUAAUGCAAGGUCUUGCCAAAUCUAUAGCUUGGGAUGAAGAGGGAGCAACAUGCCUCAUUGAGGUUUGUUAUUUUACACUUGCAAUAAUACUCCCUCAAUCAUUCAGUUGGCUAGAAGUUUUUGACUAG